AUUGGUAUGUGGAGAUGUUGAGGGAAAGUUUGGAAGCCUAUAUGCUCGUAUUAAUAAAGUAAUCAAAACGGCUGGUGAUUUCGAGGCACUAUUUUGCGUCGGCGAUUUCUUUGGCAGUGAUUUUGCUUCAUUUCGCGAUUACAUUUCGGAAUGUCCAAAGAUUCCUAUACCUACCUAUAUUGUAUCAUUCAUCAGUCAUGAUGUUUCUAACUUUAUUGACAAUCCGAACGGAUGUGAAUUAUACCCAAAUAUUACUUAUCUUGGCUCUAAAGGAGUUUAUUCCUUUAUGUCUGGACUACGCGUUAUAUAUGCCGCAACUCAACCUAUCGUCGAGGAAUCAACCCCUAAGGCUUAUGAUUUUGCAUCUCCACUUGAAGUUUGUAGUUUAGCAGGAAUCGAUCUUCUGCUUACUACUCAAUGGCCUUUAAAUGUCUCAAACAAAGUUCCAAACUUCCCUGCAAAUAUCAAGCCUAAUUUCGCAUCUUCUUCUAUGUCUAGAUUAGCAUCUCUGAUGCGCCCUAGAUACCACUUUGCUGCUUCUGAAGGGGUAUUUUAUGAACGACCACCCUAUCGAAACCACAGAGUGCUCCAAGAGAAGGCUACUAAUGUAACUCGCUUUAUAGGACUUGCUAAAGUUAAAAAUUCAGAAAAUCUCAAGUAUCUUUAUGCUCUAAAAUUAGUUCCUUUGGAACAAAUGAAAAGAGAAGAUGUGAUACUACAACCGCCUGAUACGACAGAGAACCCAUACAUCAUGAUGGACUUCAAAGCCACGGAGCAAGUCAAAGAAACGGCUUACUGA